GUCUCUUGGUGUCUGUCAGAACGCACAGCAGGCAGCGUUUCCAUUUGUUUUCUCUGCACGUUGCUGUGUAGUGAAGGCGAUGUGGAUUUACAGGCUCGUUGUUGGACUCGCAGUCGUUUCUUGCUGCGGGGGCAGGCGAAAUGCUCUCCAAGACUAUCAGAAAUCCGAAGGUACCCGACUGGCUGUUGUGUCUCCCGAUUCCUCACAUCUGACCAAAAGCAGGAAACUGAGCUUAACCAAAUGUGCAAAAAUGUGCAGUCGUGGAAAAAGACUCCCAUUCAACUGCAGAGCUUUCCUCUAUGAUCAUCAGAACAGAAGAUGUCAGUGGCUUUCAUUUGACAGAAAUUCACCAGGAGUUCAAAGCCAUCAGAACAUCUACUAUGACCUCUAUCAAAAGAAAGACUACAUAAGGGAAUGCAUUGUGGGGACAGGUCAGAGCUACAGAGGGCGGAGGUCAGUGACAGUCAGUGGGAUCCUGUGCCAAGCCUGGGCCUCCCCAAUACCUCAUGAGCACAAAUUCAUGUCUAAGCGGUACAGGAAAAAGGACCUAAUAGAGAAUUAUUGCCGCAACCCAGACAACUCCACUGUUGGUCCGUGGUGCUUCACCACUGACCCCAGGCCAGACCUCCGACACCAGGAGUGUGGCAUACCACAGUGUUCACAAGUUGAGUGUAUUACCUGUAAUGGGGAAGAUUACAGAGGACCAAUGGACUAUACAGAAAGUGGGAAAGAAUGUCAACGAUGGGACCUGAAUGAACCUCACAAGCAUACAUACCACCCCUCAAGAUACCCUGACAAAGGCCUGCAUGAUAACUACUGUAGGAACCCCGAUGGACGUCAUAGACCAUGGUGCUUUACCACAGACCCAAAUACACAUUGGGAGUACUGCAACAUCAAAGUUUGUGAAACCCCUCCUGAAAGUCCUGAGGUGGAGACAACCGAGUGUUACGAGGGCAGAGGAGAGGGUUACAGAGGCACAGAAAACACGAUGCCCAGCGGACUCGCCUGCCAACGCUGGGAUUCUCAGUAUCCACAUAACCACACAUUCCUACCUGAAGCUUACCCUUGCAAGGACUUGAAAGAGAACUAUUGUCGAAAUCCAGAUGGUCAAGAAUUCCCCUGGUGUUUCACUACAGACCCAAGAGUACGCACAAUGUUCUGCACCCACAUCCCUCAGUGCGGCGUCCAGAACAGUCCUGUCAGUGACUGCUUCUUAGGUUUUGGAGAGAAUUACCAAGGAGCGCAGUCAAGGACUAGAUCAAACCUACCCUGCGCUCCCUGGAGAGACCACAGCAACAGGGGGGAGAGGGGCAUGCUGAUGGGUGGCCUAGAAGGAAAUUUCUGCAGAAAUCCUGAUAAGGACAAACAUGGCCCCUGGUGUUUCACCAACAAUUCUGCCAUUAGCUGGGAUUACUGCAACGUAAAACCUUGUGAUACUUUGCAAAACAGCAUUCCACCAGUCUUUGUAGCUGAGCCAACCCCUGUGAGAUGUUUUGUCCAUAAAAGAACCAGGAUUGUGGGGGGAGCUCCAGUUGGCAUAUCAGACGGCAGCUGGAUGGUCAGCAUACAGAAAGGAUCGGUGCAUUGGUGUGGGGGUUCCCUUGUGCGAGAGGAGUGGGUACUUACUGACAGACAAUGCUUCUCCUCCUGUGUUCCAGACCUCAGCGAGUAUCGAGUGUGGCUGGGAGUCUCUGAUCUUCGAGAAGGAUCUCCUGACAGACCCAAGAGACAGGAAGUCAGAAUAGCUCAAGUGAUAUGUGGCCCCAAUGGAUCCAGCUUAGCCCUCCUGAGACUCUCAAAGCCCGCCCGUCCUGCAGACAAUGUCCACACAAUUCAGCUGCCGGUGGCUGGGUGCUCCAUCCCAGAGGGAACCAUAUGCAAAAUGUAUGGAUGGGGAGAGACAAAAGGCACUGGUCAUGAUGACGUCCUAAAGUCAGUGGACUUGCCCAUUGUUGGAAAUGAUAGGUGCAGAGAAAUGCACAGAGGGAACUUCCAUAUCUCCAACACCAAGAUCUGUGCAGGGGGGAAAAGAAACGAGGGAGUGUGUGAGAGAGAUUAUGGGGGCCCUCUUGUGUGUCAAGAUGGUGAUCUCAAAGUUGUUGUUGGCAUCAGUGUCCAUGGCAGAGGCUGCGCUCGAGCCAACCAGCCUGGCAUUUUCAUUAAUGUCCCCUUCUACACACAGUGGAUUUACAAAGUCUUUCGAUAUAACCCAAACUCUGAAACUGCUUAGAAACAAAUCACUGCUAGGGGACUAGAUUAAAACUAGACCCUCUCUUCUUUAACUCCAGUGGACAUCUUUAACUCAGGACAUCUGGUUUCUGUGACUCAGAUAUCUGUGGGGUCUGCAGCUAAAGAUGAAAGUCUGAGAAGUACUUGCAGUGAUGAUGGCUUUAAAAUCACUAGCAAAUACCAUACCGACUUCAGUGCAGGAGUCAGUGACUAGUGGUUGAAGACAAAGAUGGAAACGUAUUACUUCUCAUAUCGUAGACAUGUAACAUCAUGUAAUUUUUGAACCAUGUAGAGGGAGAACAGUUUCGAUAAAAGACAGUUAUUACAUAAGAAAAAGAGGCUUUUCAGUCAGUCAGAACCACAGUCAAAAAAUACAAACAGGAUUGCGAAAAAGUAUUUGCCCCUUUUAUCUUGCCUGUUUCGGUUCCUGGAACUACUAUUAAUAUAAGAUAAGAUGACCAAAGUGAAUUUUACAAAGCAAUCUGUAAAUUAUUAAUUUAGUAAAGGACAAAAUGCAUCCAGAUCAACCUGGCCCUUUGUGAGAAAGUUAACACUUGGAUAAGUCAUGAAUUAGCUUUGAUUUAUCACAAUAUUUUGGAAAGUUAAGUCUAACUACCCAUAGCCACAUGUGAUUAUUGCCACAUGUCUAAAAAGGAAAACAUAAUUUAAACAAUACCUGCUUGUCAACACAGAGUACAAUAAUAUAUCAUACAUUGUAACACAUGAUUCCCAGACCUACAGCGAAACAGAUGAAGAAGUAAAACUUUAAUAAGCCACAGAGAUGAUAAUUAUCUACAAUUACCAAGACACUGUACAAAGCCGAAGCUGACAAGCGGUGGCCAGCCUGCCGAAAUCACUACGAGUGUAUAUCCAGGAAGUUACCAAAGAACUUAGAACAAUAUCUUAAGCAGCAGAUAUGAUGAAGCUUGAUUCAACAAUAAGAAAGAAAAAUGGCGUUCAUGGUAAAGUUUCAAUGUGAAAACCAUUUAUAAUCUAAAUAAACAUAGAUGCUUAUCUCAUAUUGCUAAAAAGGUUUUUGGUAUAUUUUGUGGACUUCCGAGUUACAAAUUUAAGUUGUGUAAUUGGAUAAAUCUGGUACAAAACUGAGUUUGAAUCACAGAAAUAGAAAAUCAUUCUCAAAGUCCAGAAGCUAUUUGAAUCCAAAGGGAUGUAAAAGACUUGACUGUGUUCAUGUUUUACUUUGAACUGGGAAAUUCUGACUUCCCAGUCAGAAAAAUCAAUGGGAACUCCCUCUGAUGUCAGAUUUCCCACUGGGAAACUGGCCAGUUACAGCUUGCAAGACCAAGUUCACGUUUCAAUAUGGACCUCCUCACAUCAGCUAUAGUGAGAUUUUGUGGAAUUAUGUUUAGGUAACACUUUAUUUGAAGGGAUUGCAUAAGACUGACACACACCUGCCAUGAACCUGAAGGUUUCUUCAUAAAUGUCAAUGACUGGUGUCAUGAAGUGUCAUUCGUUAAAUAAUGACACUUUUAUUGCAAAGUUGAUACUUUUAAUGUAUUUUUGAUGCUCCUAUUAAUGCAACGCUGCUUUAAAAAGUCAUUAUGUAUUUUUAUGACAACAGUCAUAAGCAUAAUUGAGGACCCCUUCAUGCUCACGACAGUUGUUAUGUCGUCUUUAUGACAGUGUCAUGUCAAUCACAUGCACAGCCCUUCAAAUAAAGUUUUACUGAUUUUUAUUUUAAAUGUCAAACAUAUGAGAACAUGUCUAUAUUCUGUGUCACAUUUAGCACAUGCAACUACAAACUAAACAAAUUAAAAGUGAUGUCUGCUUAUGGAAAAUCACGUUUAAACUUGAUGUUUGUUAGAGGUACUGUUAACAAUGUUUGUGGGUGUCGCCAUGAUGAAAUUCCAACUAACCUUGGGUGACGUUGGGUCUGACGUAAAACUGAGCUUCGAGUACCGAUUUCCAAUCAAACUGGAAAGCAGCGUUAGUGUCACUAACUGUCGGUCCAUAAUAGCAGUGGCUGCCACCAAACGAAGCCCAACCAAUUAGGUUUUUAGGGCAAUUAUUCUUUCACAUAAUGCCAUGUCAGUUUGUAUAGCUUUUUUCCCUUAAUAUAUUUAUCAUUCUUAUUUUAUCAUUCUUUGAAACUUCUUUUUCUCAGGUUUCCAUUCUAUAUGAGAUCUGUCAACCUUGACAGACUUUCCAUGUGUCCACUGUAGAUGUGCGUAUGUGAAUUCUCAAAUCCUGGUAUUACUUGAAUGAAUUGAAUACCAAAUGCAGAGGUUCAAAUGUUGGACCAAUUAGAAAACCAACCUGUGGUAGAACAUGUUAAGGGCACUCCAUCCAUUUCUGAGGGGCUUAAGUAAAACAAGUCCUUUAUGUAAAUAGUUAUUAAAUGAGUGUAUUUGUGACACUCUUAGUGUAAUUUAGGUCUUAUAGAUCUACAAAUUGAGAACAUGAAUGUUGUAUCAAGGAGAAAAAAUAAAAUGUUUUUUUUUUUUUACAGUGGAAACUUUCUGUCAUCUUUCUGUCUUAUAAUUGUUAGAUUUAAAAAAAAAUCUUACAUUGUAAUGUUAUCCCAGCACCAUGGACUGUACAUAUAUGAUCCCUUUUGUGUAAAAAAAAAAAUAAAUAAAUAAAGAAGUGCCUAUCUUUUAAGUUAUCAUUCAUGUAUAUUCAUAGGCUCAUUCUGAACAAUUUCCAGCAGUUCAAAUUUUGAACCAAUUUGGUUAUACCUCUUUUGUCCAUGUCUGCAGUAGUGAUUGAGAAAAAUAACAUCUGCACAAAGAGAUAAUGUAGUCAUAUUUAAUGAAUCAGAAUUUAAUUGAAAAGUUUUAGUAACUCAGUUCAUUAAGUGAAACACAGACAGAUGUUUUCAAGUCUGCCUCUUAAUUAUCCAAAUUUUCUGCUUAUAUUUAGUGGAAAUUUGAAAUGUAAAAAAAAAAAAAAAAAACAUUUUUUAAUACAGAAAUGUGGGCUCAAUGAAAAGUGUGUUUUAUUCAUGCUAAAUCUUAUUUUCAGAGACAUCUUUUAGUCUGACAAACAAGCUUCAUUGCAACGUAUGUUACGAUUCAUUGAAUGUGACUGCAUGCAUGGAUCAAUGUUUAGCCAGGACUGAUUUAUCAGUGCAGGCAGAACUCAACACAUCCUUAAUACCUCCACUCUGAAUGCUAAUUUCACUAAGUCAGUCAAAUUUUGUGUACAAGGAGUCAGUUUUAUCAGAAUGACACUUAAAUUGACAAAGCUUGAUAUACAUCACAUCCAUAUUAUGUAUGUACAAUUGCGAUAAAGUGGUUUUUCUUGUAUACAUGUGUUUUGGCACUGAAAUAUGCUGCAAGCUGCUACAGUCUACAUGUUGUACAGUAUUGCCUUAUGUUUUCUGUAUAAUGCUGCAAGGUUCCACUUACCCAUCAUGCUUAAGAAUAAACAGUUUACCUAGUGA